UCUUGUACCUACAUAGUAUUUAAUAUAAUACAAUGCAUAAUAUUAGAUACCGAAAAUAUAUUAAAACGCAAUGUUCAAGUGCAACAUGUUUAGAAGAAAGUUCUGUAAUUAUCGAUAGUUGUAAAGAACCGAUAGUAUUGCAAAAAGAAUUAGUUGUAUCUCACCAUGUAAAGUUAAAUCUGUAUCCUUCUGCACCUCCUAAUAUAUCAAAAGAAAACUUGAGUUUGUGGAUUGGUUGGACUUAUAAGAAUGAUAAAGAGGUAAUAAGGGAAGCAGCAUUAAAGGGCCAUGUUCCGCUGGCUGAAAAAUUCCUCCUGGCGAAGAAUAAUGUCCCUAUUGAAGAAGUUAAGGAUUGCAUCAAAAAAGAGGUACUAAUAUGGGUUGACGAGCUUUUAGAUAGAAAAUUGAUCUUCAGAGUAUCAAGCAUACUUCAUGCUAUAGAUCUAGAUCCAGUUCAUGAACUUCAAAAAGUUUUUUAUACGACGAAAAUCAAAGAUUUGAGAGAAUAUAUCGGAAGCCAUCUAAGGAAAAUUAAUAAAUUGCCAUGUGACUAUGAGAAGCUGUGGAUUUUUUUGGAAAUCCUAACGCAAAGUAAAGGUGUAUCUAGUAGUGAUGAGAGUAUUGAAGGAUUAGACCACAAAUCUGGUUCGUGGAAAGAAGAGACAGCUGCAAAAUUAUUUAUAGAUACGCAUGACAAGCGCUUGGCACCCUUAAUCACCGCAGAAGUAGUAUGGGACCAGCUCCUACUCCAAAACCAAGCGGAUAUGUUAAUUUCCUGGAUUCGUAUAACAUACUCUCCAACCCUUCCAACGAAUUUAAGUAUCUCCGAAGACCUCGUACUUGUUCUCCAAUCAUUACCGAUCUCAGAACAAUUUCUGAAUAAGAUUUUACCUUCAAAUCUUUCCUCAGAAAAUAAGGAAAGGAUUCUAAAUGAACUGGCAAAAUUCGGUGUUUUUGUUGGAGAAGAAAGACAUGAUAUUUGUCAAAUUCUUUCUAGAAUUAACUGCGCAGACAAUAUUGUCGAUGUUUACGCAAUUCUAAACCAAAAUCCUUCCUCGAACAUUGAUCUUUCUAGUUUUUUUGAACUUCUGAUCGAUUAUUGCUCAAAAAAUAACCUACUAGUCGUUCUAAAUUCGUGUCUUAAAAAUUUCGACAUUGCUAUUUUAAAGGGGUGUGAUGAACUCAGUCAUUUUCGUUUGAUAACUGAUUUUAGGAACUUGGUUAAAAGUUUUCAAGAAAAAGAUUUAUGUGAUAAUAUUUUCAAUGUUUCUGUAUACCUGUCUGGAGAUAACCUAGAAAAAUAUUUCUGUGAUAAUAGUUUAGUUUUUUUAAGUUUACUGGUAUUUUCUGAAAAUGUAUCUGUCCAGAAAACUCUGGCAGAGAAAUCCUUAAUUUUAUAUAACGUGGAUUUAUACCGUCCUUUAACAAACCUUUUCGAAUCCACAACUUUCUUGGGUGACUUAUACAGAAGAAAAAUAAAUAAGGUAACGUGCAAUUUGACAUAUUUCGAUUUACUAAAAAAACAUCAUGAAUUAGACCCGACUAAAAUAUUUUCUUAUAAGUUUGAAAAUAAACCUUUACCGAAUUUUAAUUCUUUUAGUUCGGAACAAUGUGAAGUAUACUCAAAAAAAAUCAACUACACGUUUUAUUUAAAACUAUCUCGUCCUAGCAUGGCCAGUAAAUGUUUCUUCCUCGAUAUCCUGAAAGGAAAUAUAGUUAUAAACGACGAAAUCAAGAUGAUUGCAAGAGAAAAAGUAUACAAAAUAGCUGUCUCUAGUUUUGACAAUAUUUCUUUAACCACUUCUUGUGUUUCGUUUCUUGAAAUGAUCGGAAUCAGUUCGGAGUUUUUGCGUGUUAAUUUAGAAGCUGCUAAUGUUUUGUUUCGUUCGAAUCCGGAAUUUGAGAUCGUUUCCAUGUUUUUGAAUGCUGAAAAAAACUCUCGUUUAAUUCAAGCUCUUUUGGAUGAGACUAUAGUAGAAAAUAUCGAUUUUACAAAAAUGACAGUUUCUGGAAAAGAAUUCGUGCAAGCCUCAAAACUAUACGAAAUAGUUAUAAAAUUCAGUGAUCUACACCAACUACCUUUGCCAGACUUGUUCUUAACGAACCUCUCUCAGCACAACCUCUGGUAUCCGUUCCUGCUAUACGCCCAGAUGAAGAACUACCCGGUGGACCAAAUAAAGACGUUGUGUUCCAACUUUAAAAACCCGAGUUUGCUGGAACAUAUAGUUCAUAGUGUUAUGCACGAUAUCAAGGUGAACGAGGCGAACGUUCUGAUGGGGGAGAGGGAUUCGAGGAGCUAUUUCCUGUCGAAGCUGGGCGUGAGGAAGAUGUUGGAGGCUGUUUCCGAGAAGGAUUCGUUAUAUUCCAGGUCUACGUAUAGUGGGGCUAGUUUCGAGAGCAAUCUGAGCUCGUUCGAGUCGGAUAAUUUGGAAAUCGAUAUUACCAACACCAAGGUUACGCUACUGCAAAUUUUGAUUCGAUGCCAUAACAGUACGGAUCCGCCGAAGGCCUUGUUGCAAGCUUGCUACUUUUACAAAAAUCCUUUGUUGGCCAUACUUGCAACUAGUUAUGAGCCUGAUUCUUUCAUCACCAACUGGUUAACUUGGUUAUGCGUAUCUACCAACUUAUACGAGGCAUUUUCGAAUUUAGAAACCAACCUCACAAACGCAAACUUUGUCUCCAACCUGCUGAACAAAUGCAUGAUUAACAGAUACCCUAGAUCGCUUUUAGAAAGCCUAAUCGUUUUUCUACCUGGUAACCCUCUUACACUAUUUUUAGAUUUCUUGAACAGUUUGAUCAAUAAAAUUGAUCAUUUAGAAUACCUUGUUCCUAAGUUGAUGAGAUUUAAGAGUUUGAACACUGCUAGACGUGCCAGUGUUAUUAGUCAAACAGAUUAUGAAAUGACGUAUCUUAAGAACAGAAUUUGGAUUGAAAAUACAGCCGUACAACUCUUGUAUUCUGCGAUCAUUUAUAAUAGCAAUUCAUAUUUUGAGCAAAUAGAAUACAUGUCUGUAUUAUGCCAGAUAAAUAUUAAACAAUAUUUUGUCAGUGAGAUUUGUGAUUUUAUAAUUCUCUAUGAUAUAUUAGAGCUUCUUUUUGAUACUACAAUCAAGCUGAAUAUCGCACAUUAUCUUGAAGAAACUAACCGAGAUGAGGAGGUUCAAGAUUGUAUUAAUAAGUUACUUAAGCAAGAACUUUUUGAUAAAGCCCUCAAAAUAUCAAGGGUUUGUAAUUUUGAUACUAACUUAAUUGUGUUAAAAAAAUGGGAAAAUAAAUAUAGGCACAAUAACAGUUCUAUUCAAGAGUUUUUAAGGUUAUGUAAUGAAGAUUUUAUUAAAGAAAAAUUAUCUGCAGACUGUGCUAUAUCAUUUUUUAAUGAAAGAACUCCAGCUAAUGAUGUAGAAAGAUACUUUCUGUUGAAAUCCUCGCACAAAUGGGCUUUAGAUCACGAUCUGACUGACAAAUACGAGCUAGAAAGAAAGAAAAUUCUGGCUUUCAUAGAUUUUCCAGAAAAUGUCUUACCCAUAGAUGAGUUAACUUUGUUUGAGAACCACAACGGUCACAUAACCUACAAGGAAAUGUUAAAAUUACUCGAGAAAGUAUACCCGGCUCAACAAUGUGUAGCUAGUGAUUCUAUGGAUAAAUUGGAUUCGCUCUUGGCCAAGUUCUUGGAUCGUGGAAAUUUCUGGAUGGCUGUUAAAUUGGAAAAGAUAUUCGGUUGCGAUAAUACUAAUACUGAUAUACUAAAAUUAUGCCACGAAUUGGCUGAGGAUAUAGUCUCGCCCACACAGUUAAAUGAGUACCAUAAACAAUUGUUUUUCAAGUUUAAGGAGUUUCCUAGGUUAAGUUAUCGAAGAAACUUGACGUUUAGGAAUGUGAGCGUUUCAUCAGAUAAGAAUUAUUUAGAGAUGAUUCAGGAAAAUGAUUUUAAUAAUCCGCUCUCUCAGGAUACUUUGAUAUUAAUCCAUGCCCUAGUCGAAAAUUUAACCCAUGGUGUGGAUUUAGGAUAUAACAUAUUUAUGAAGUACAGAAUUUGUCGAAACAUUGAGCUCCCUUAUGAUAUCAUAGUCUCAAGUACUGAUCACAUUAAUAUGCUGAAGUGUGCUUUACAAGAGGAUUGUGCCAAUAAGCUAGAUGUGGUACACGAUUUUCUCAAAGUGUUCCAUUGGACCAAAGAUCAGAUAAAUGACUUUGUGUGUGAGCAGUUUGUGAAUUCUGCUUCCAAUUAUUCUAAAUCCAAAACAGCUAGUUAUAUCAUGUGGGAUGUUAGGAUGGACACCAACUUUGACGUCAUUCUCAAGCUCCUUAAAGACGAAUGUUAUACACUGGGAUAUAAGUUAUAUAAUUAUGCAGUUGCAGUACAUGAACAACAGGUUACUGCUGAACUAAAUUUUAAAAUCAGCGAAAUGUCUUUAGUGGUUGAACUUUUAAUAGCAGCCCAUUCCUGUUUUACGACAGAUUGCAAUAUGGAAGGAAUUUCUGUUAUUUUAAGAAAGUGCAGGACAGUAAUUUCACAUCUAUUGACUGUACGAAGUUGGAAACUUAUAGUCAGAUUGUUUACAGGGGUAGCAAGAUAUACAGAACUGAAUUUUGUUUUCGACAUUUUAAAAGAAAACCAUCAGUUUGAGUUUCUUUUAAGCAAAGGAUCAAAGAGAGACAAUCAAUUGAGGCAGGCUAGUUUCGAAUAUCUUAAAAAGCACUGUCCUGAAGACAAAGAACUGUACCGAUUGGUAGCGAUUCACUUUAAUAUGUGUUCGGAAAUAGCUAGCGUUUAUGAGAGGGAAGGCUUGGCUCACAUUAAACAGUUAGUGAGCGUUAUUAAGACGGAUCCUGUAAAUGCUGCUUGUGCUACAGAUAAUCAACAAUUGUCUUUAAUUGGCAAGAACGAGACCAGUAGCUUAUUACUACAUAAGGCACUGGAUUGUUACGUGUUAGCCGCAGAAUACCACGUGGAAGGGCAGAAAUUAGCAAAAGGGAUGGCGGCAGCUAAACAGGCUGAAUUAAUUGCACUCCAGAAGUCGUUAUUGAACCCUCUAAAUCCCAACGAACAAGCCAUAUGUUUGUUUGAUCUCAAUACUGCACAAAUAGCGUCACUUAUUUCUACAAAGUUUAACUUUUAUCAAUCUAAUAUUAUCACAGAAGCCUAUAAUUACAUCCCCGACUGGCCGACUGUCAUUUUCGAACAAACCAUUAAAGAAAAUCGCUUAGAUUAUUUCGACGCUUUUAUGGAAAACAUCGGAAUUAACGAACAAUUCGUUCAGGAAGUUUCUAGAAAAUAUUCGACCAGCAAUUUGAAAGGGGUUAUGUGCCAUAAAAACAUGGCCUACAUAAUCGCAAGCUUGAAAUCGAUUCACGUCAAAUAUCGACUGGCUAGCGAGCUGGGAUUCACCGAUCUGGUGGAAGAGUUGAUCUCGACAGGACAAAUCUCUUAUUUGAGAGAUACUGUAUGGAAGAAAGGUUAUAAAAGUUAAAAAUAUAUUUUUGUUCCUGAGAAUAUGACAGUAGUUAUUAAUGAAACAGGCCAUAGAUAAAUGAAACAGGUUUAGAUUGGAAAGUGCCCAUAAGGACGAUGUAAAUACUAUUUGGCGCUGUUCUUGCAGCGGAUGCGAUCCACAGCUUUUGAUAAUUUCAGAACGGUUUGGCAGUUUCUGAAAUUAUAUUAUCGGAAAAUAUUUUUUAUUCAAAUUUAAUGUUACUUUUUUUAACUUUUAUUAAUAAAAUACACUGUAUUAUAUAUAUAAAAAAAAAAUUCAGACACGUAUAGGGAAUAUGCUAGAAAAUACAUGUUUUACGUGCUCUAUACUAAAGUGUGAUGUCCAUAAACAAUAAUUAAAAUAAUAGUUUUAAUAUGUGUUAUUGUGUUUUGUCCAGUUUUAACAAUUUUUAAUUCUGUAGGAAUCUACGUUCAAG